CCUAACUUUAUUGAUAGCGGAAGUGAGGGAACGCCGCGACACACGCGUGAGUGCAGCGCAGAUGCUGAAGGUUAAAGCCGCCGGUUUAGCUUCACAACUUCAAUAUUAAAAAUAAAUAAAUAAAUAAAUAAAUAACACAAAUUCAGUUCAUAAAAAAAAACUCGGAAAUGGACGCAGUGAAGGCGCAACAGCUGGCGGCGGAACUAGAAGUGGAGAUGAUGUCAGACAUGUACAAUCGGAUGACGGGCGCGUGUCACAGGAAGUGCGUCCCCCCCCACUACAAGGAGGCGGAGCUGUCGAAGGGGGAGGCGGUCUGCCUGGACCGCUGCGUCUCCAAAUACCUUGAUGUUCACGAGAGGAUGGGCCGCAAGCUGACCGAGCUCUCGGUGCAGGACGAGGAGCUGAUGAAGAGCAUGCAGCAGCAGGGGGCGGGGCCGCAGUGAUGAGCUCACACACCAGGACACGCCCCCCUCCCGGCUCAGACCACGCCCCCACCCUGACACGCUCACCCAGAGACUCAAAUCAAACUUCUGUCUGCAGGGAUGGCAAUCAGACUCCUGCUGCACAGCAGUGUGAUCCGGUCCUGGUUUCACUGGGAGUUUAAUAAUAAGGCACACCUGAGCUUGUUAGCUAGACACACUGGGGCUGAUCAAGCUGGUAGUAAAACCUGGACUGGGUGACGCUGUCUGUGCAGAUGUGAAAUCUCUCCUUCAGCGAUGAGUGCAGACUGGAUUGUUGUGUUUUCAUGUGUUCAAGUUUGUUUUUUUCUAUGUUAUCAAGAACUAUUACAACCCUCAACAGCGCUGGGUUGAGAAACACUAAAAGAAACUUCAACGGCAAACGUUUCCACUAGAAGUGUCUCUCAGCGUUUUCAGUGUAAAUUCAACGGCAAACGUUUCCACUAGAAGUCUCUCUCAGCGUCUUCAGUGUGAAUUCAAUGGCAAACGUUUCCACUAGAAGUCUUUCUCAGCGUCUUCAGUGUAAAUUCAAUGGCAAACGUUUCCACUAGAAGUCUUUCUCGGCGUCUUCAGAGUAAAUUCAAUGGCAAACGUUUCCACUAGAAGUCUUUCUCAGCGUCUUCAGUGUAAAUUCAAUGGCAAACGUUUCCACUAGAAGUCUCUCUCAGCGUCUUCAGUGUGAAUUCAAUGGCAAACGUUUCCACUAGAAGUCUCUCUCAGCGUCUUCAGUGUAAAUUCAAUGGCAAACGUUUCCAUUAUUUACGCUGAGAGACUUCUAGUGUUAACGUUAGUCACUGAAUGUGUUCAGUUUCAUUAUUUCUGUGUUCUCUCUUAUAUUGCAGUGGAUCCUGGCUGUUUCAGUAUCAGUUGUUGGGGGGGGGGGGGGGGUGUUGCUGUGUUCUCUUGUUCACUGUAUUGCAUCGUUCUUGUUUAUUGAUUGAUUGAUUUUGUUUUAUUAAAACACAAGUUAACCCUUGCA